UCUGGUGAGGGCCCAUUCCUCAUAGAUGGCAGCUUCUUGCUGCAUCCUCACAUGGUGGAAAGGCAAAAGGCUCUUUGAAGCCUCUUUUAUCAGGGCCUAAUCCCAUCCUUGAGGUCAGAGACCUCAUAACCUAAUCACCCCCCAAAGGCCCAGCCUCUUAAUACCAUCACAUUGGGGAUUAAGUUUAAACACGAAACUUAAUGUUUGUAUUGGGGAUACAGACAUUUAGACCAUAGCAACCUCAAGUCAAUCAUCUUUAGAGACUGAGCUAGAGCAGUACGGACCAAAAAAGCAAAACCCAGGUAGGAUAGAGAAAGAAGCCAGGGCUAUUAGCUACAUUUUCCAGAUGGGAAAACUGAGGCUUUAGACUCAGGCAUGGAAUAGUUUUGAUGACUUGGCUGAGGUACUACAUGGAGUGUUUUCAGGGUACCUGCCUGGGAUUUGUUUUAAUCGGAUAUGGUAAGACACAAAAAUAUGGAAAUGACUGUCAUGAAGGAAGAGGUUUUGAUACUCACAGAUCCCUAGAAACAGGAGGCCCUGCAAGACCAUGGGAAGAAGCGCCUGGAUCAGUAAGGAGGCAGAGGCAGAGAGGGGGAAGUGUGGGCAAGAACCAUCAUUGGGAUUUCCAUGGAAAGGAACUGGUGAGGCAGGGUUUGCAGGUAUAGGAUUGGUUGAUCUGAGUAAUUUCAGUGGGUUCUGGGGUGUAGGGGCUAUCCCCAGUUGCCUGGGACCUGGCUCUGGGGUGAGUGGGGCAGGAGCUAUUCCAGUGUCCAAGAAUAUGGGAGCCUGAUAGGGGCAUGGGAUCUGGAUUGGUUUGCAAAUGAAAGGUGUACUCACAGGCUAGUCCUUCACUCUCUCCAGGAAUUGGCUAGCCCUAGAAGAGGCAGUCCCUCCAAGGUCAGCAAGGCCCCAGGUGUCAAAGCAUCAGAAGCACAUGGUUAAUGAGUGGAGCCUCCAGCAGAGAUGAGGUGAUCAAGCAGGUCUGUGUCCAAGCAGGACUUAGUGUGGGCUUUAUCCACAGGGUGGCAGGGGAGAGGUUUACUAAUCACAGCAGAAGGAGAAUGUCACCAGUGCACACAGUGAGAAGCUUCGAGUUGUUCAUCCCUGACUCAGCCCUGCCAUCAACCAGCUUAUGGUCAGAGACUGUCUCUGACUCCCUGUGGCAUCCACUGGUAUCACGUGCUCUUUAGUGGCGGGACAAAGGGGACAGAGGGGAAUGAGCAUUUUUGGGGUAGUUCCUGUGUGCUAGUGGUUUCCAUGAAAUGCUCAUCAGUGUUUUUUUCUCAGCCCUGUCGCACAUGCACUGCAUUGUUUUUGCUGAUUUGCAGAUGAGAAAACAAAGGAGCAGAAAAGUGCCAGACCUAAUGUGGCUGUCAGAAUACCAUAGACUAAGUGACUUAGCUUAUAAACAACAGAAAUGUAUUGCUCACAGUUCUGGAGGCUGAGAAGUCCAAGAUCAAGGCAGAUUAAGUUUCAGGUGAGGACCCACUUCCUGGUUCAUCAACAGCAUCUCCUUGCUGUAUCCUUACAUAGUAAAAGGGAAGAGGCGUCUCUCUUGGGCCUCUUUUAUAAGGGCAAUAAUCCCAUUCAUGAGGGCUGUGCCUGCAGUACCUCCCAGAGGCCUCACCUCCUAAUACCAUUACCUUGCAGGUUAGGAUCUCAGCAUAUGAACCGUGGGGGCGACACAAACAUUCAGACCAUACAGAGGCCAAUGAGGGGUGGAGGGGUGUGAACCCAGUUCUGAAAGCCUCUCUAAGUAUCACCAGGCCCACAGCACAAGGUCAUUUGGAAUCAUGGUGCUGCCUAGUUGGGUAUAUGAGUGAUGUUGAGGAUGCAGGAGAAAGAGGAACCAAGGAAGAGGCAAGGCAGGAAUGGCUUUGUCAAGGAAAUGGUAGGGCUGGCUGAUUGAAGAGAAGAUGCUACCCUAGUUCAAACAGAUUGUUUUAAAGAGGACAACAAAGAGAUGCAGAGAGGGGAAGUGUUUUACCCAAAGUCACACAGCUGGUUUAUAGCCGUAUCUGAGAUGUGUCCGCAAGUCUCCAAUUUCCCAAGAACUCUAGGAUAAGUCUCAACCUAAUGAUUUCCUGCAUCAUUUGAAUCUGGACCUUUUCUUAUCAACAACCUAGGACCACGGCUUUACCUGACUCAGUGGAUUCCAAAGGGCUUAGUUACACCGGCUCAGGUUGCAAACAGCGAUCUUUGUGAUAGGACACCAGAGCUUACUGUUGUGUGACUGGAAAAUUAGGUACUUUGAAUUUUACGAGGGGCCUUUUGAAUAUAACUCCACAAGAUGCCUGGAGCUGAGGCACGAAAUAUUGGAAGUGAAGGUGCUGUCCAUGGUGAAGCAGUCAGAGCUGUUCGACAGGUGGAAGAGCCUCCAGAUGUGCAAAUGGGCGAUGAACAUCUCUGAGGCCAACCAGUUCAAGUCCACUCUGUCCAGGUGCUGCAACGCCCCUGCCUUUCUCUUCACCACCCAGAAGAACACUCCCCUGGGGACAAAGCUCAAGUAUGAGGUGGACACCAGUGGCAUCUAUCACAUCAACCAGGAGAUUUUCCGCAUGUUUCCCAAGGACAUGCCCUACUACCGAUCCCAGUUUAAGAAGUGUGCUGUGGUGGGCAACGGAGGCAUCCUGAAGAACAGCCGCUGCGGGAGGGAGAUCAACAGCGCCGACUUCGUCUUCCGGUGCAACCUGCCCCCCAUCUCAGAGAAGUAUACCAUGGACGUGGGGGUGAAGACGGAUGUGGUCACUGUGAACCCCAGCAUCAUCACAGAGAGGUUCCACAAGCUGGAGAAGUGGCGGCGGCCGUUCUACCGCGUGCUGCAGGUGUACGAGAACGCGUCGGUGCUGCUGCCCGCCUUCUACAACACGCGCAACACCGACGUGUCCAUCCGCGUCAAGUACGUGCUGGAUGACUUCGAGUCGCCGCAGGCUGUCUACUACUUCCACCCACAGUACCUGGUCAACGUGUCGCGCUACUGGCUCAGCCUGGGCGUGCGCGCCAAGCGCAUCAGCACUGGCCUCAUUCUGGCCACUGCGGCGCUGGAGCUCUGUGAGGAGGUGCACCUCUUCGGCUUCUGGGCCUUCCCCAUGAACCCCUCGGGCCUCUACAUCACUCACCACUACUAUGACAACGUCAAGCCGCGUCCCGGCUUCCAUGCCAUGCCCUCCGAGAUCUUCAACUUCCUGCACUUGCACAGCCGAGGCAUCCUCCGCGUGCACACGGGCACCUGCAGCUGCUGCUGAUGGCGGCUCACCAGGCUGCCCGGCAAGCGGCGCAUUCUCUCCUGCUGUCCCUACCGGUUGAACUGGGAGUCCUGAACCGGGCAGCGUGGGACCUGGCGUUCAGACUGUCUCUCCCUCCGUAGUUCAGUUCUGUACUUGGAUACUGGGGUGGGGAGGCAGGUGUGGGAACCGGGGCAGAGUCAGCUCUGUGCUGAGCCUCCUGGCCUGGCCCCCACCGGUGCAUCCGCCCAGUGCCUCCACCUGCCCCGGCUAGCAUGCUGCUGGACCACACCCCAAGAUCAGGGGCCCUGGGGACUGCAAGUGAAUAAAGCACAUUUCCACCCAAUUUUGUCAUCCGAGAGAGAGCACAAACUGCAGACCCUUGUUGCAGCUAAAGACAGGCCCUACAGAGAAUGGAAUCGAGGGCAGAGACAGGACACUUCACAGGACACUUGAGCACAGUCAAGAUUUUAUUCACACUUUUGGUUCCUGAGUUUUAUAUCGAGGACUCAGCUAUGAAUUGCUAUCUAAAUCUCAGAGCUUAGAGGCCAACCCAGUGACUAGACCUUCCAGUGAAGAAAGUGAUCUCAAGAGGUCCAGGGACUUAACAGCCAAGCCACACCACCCGACACGUUCUUCCAUGACACACAGAGAGAUCUAACGCAAGGCCUGGGUUAUGUCUUGGUUGAGACAUCACCUGAGAGGCACCACAUCCUUUCAGACACAUCCUCGGACACACACGCAGUCUUGGUGCCCCCAGGUUCAAUCCUACAUUAGUUCUUUUGAUGAGAAGGAAAUAAACCAAACCAGCCACUUGCACUAUGGCUUCCAAGCCAAUGUUAUUGACUCAGUAAGUGCUUAGCGAUUGACUUCCUCUUCUGUCUCCCUAUUUUCAGCUCCAUUUAAACCAGGAGUUAUUUAUAAAGACCUCUUCCUCUCAUGU